UACAAGGCAAUUGUUCCGCCAAGGCAUGUAAAGGAGGAACGAAAAGUUCCGGAGACAUCCGAGUGCUAUAAGAGACGAGCGAACGUCUUCGCCGGUGAAUUUGAAUGAUCGAAUUGCUAUCGGCGAGCGCAUUAAACCCUAAACCCUCGAUUUCUUGCUCGGAAAGUUGGCGAUGGAAGCCAUUGGAGAGAGCUCUUCGGCCCGUCCCAAGUCCGACGACGACGACAAGCCACUGAUCGUUCGGGUCAAGCGCAAGGCCUCCCACUCCCCCGUCGACGCUUUCUGGUUGGAAAUCAACGAGAGGCCGCUGAAGAGACCUAUUCUCGAUUUUGAGAAAUUGUCUAUCUCAGACGCUGCUGUAAAAGAGAAUGAGUUGAAGAUUAAAAGGGUGUUAGUGAAACAUGUUGAAAGCACAAACAGCUCCGAGGCUGACUUUGAUUUAUUGCAAUCAUUUCUGCCUAGAUCUGCUGAAGUUUCUGGAUCUAAUACAGUUAUGGAGGAAAGAAGACGCACAUUUAAAAAGGACAAUAUACAAGAGGACUUGCUGUCUAAAGCGAGAGAGGCAAAAGAGACAAUUGCCAAAAAUGCUCGCUUUGAGCAAAUAUGGAGUAGACGGAAAGGAAGCGAAGGGGGCACGAACAACAAAGCUCUUCUUGACAUGUAUCAGUUUUAUGAUGUUGUUCGUGUUGAUGGAGAAGAAAAAACCAGUACGGUCCAAAAGGAAGAAGAGUUAUCGUUGGACGAUCAGAGGAUGUUAUCUAGUUAUCUACCUAUGUUGAGAGAAUUCAUUCCAAGUGCUGCAGCUGAGAUUGAAUCCGAUUUGAAGGCCCACAAGUCAAAACAAGGAGCCACCGAUGGUUAUAUAUACGAUUACUAUACAUUAAAUGAUAAUGUAGACAUGUGGAAGGAUGAUUCUUUUAGCAAAUUUCCGCUAGUGCAAGUGGAUGAGGAUGAUUUUUAUGAUGAGCCUGAUGAAUCAGAUAUGGAGAGCUACGAUUCUAAUGCUGAGAAUAAUCCUCUGAAUGACUAUCCUGAGGAGGAAUCUGAAGAGGAAAUCGAGAAUGAAGAUUCUGAUGGUCAAUCUAAAGACGAAGAUGAAGAAGAAGAAGAGAGUGCUAAGAACAGCUCUUCAGAAUCCGAGGAUUUUGUACUGCGUAGUUCGUCAGAUAUAGAUGCUUCAUUUGAAGAUGUGAUGGGGUUUGAUGACAACGUUCUUGAUCACGAUCACGAGGAGGGUGAGGGUGCUGAUUGGAGAUGGUCCUAUCGAUGAAGCUUUGCCAACAUGAAUCAGAGGCGUUCGUUCACCAGUUGACCUAUUGCGUGGAAAGAAGUGCUUUUAGUAAUUGUGCCAUCUUCAGUUUUUUACACAUGGACGAUCUGGCUUAAUUAAGAACUCUGGUAAUUGAUUGUUAAUACUGGAGUGAUUUGACAGCCCACGAACAAAGUGCAGAUGGGCAUUUCC